AUGAGAACAUUACUAUUAUUCUUAUUUGCAAUCACAACUGUUUCUGCAAUCCAAUAUUAUUCAUUGGCUGACACAUUUCAAGCUGUUUUAGACACUGAAAAAGCGCUUGAAGAAGAGCUGAAAAUCAAUUUAGAAAAUUCAAGAGCUACACGUGAUCAAGUUCGUCAAGAAGUUCAAGCUCGUCUUGAACAAACUGUUGGAAAAUUAUCGGAAGCUGUUAAACAAAAAGCUGAAGAAAUCAAACAAGCAAAAGCUGAAGAAGAUGCUGCCAAACAACAAAAAAUUGAUGAAGUUCUAGCGAAAUGGAAGGAAAUUGGAACAGAGUUGAAAAAUGUUGCUGAUCAAGUGAAUGCGAAAAGAGAAGCUGAUAAAGCUGCUAAACAACAAGUAAGGGAUAAUAUUUUUUAACUUAAAAACAUUUUUUUUUCAGAAAAUUGACGAUCUUGUGAACCAAAUCAAGACAGCCUUCCAAGAGAAAAAAGCAGAAAACGAGGCUGAAAAACAAAGACAAGCUGAACAAUGGCAACAACUUUCAGAAAAAUUGAAGCAACAAAAAGAAGAACUCACUCAACAACUUCAAGCAGCAAAGGCCAAAUUUGACGAGCAAAAACAACAAAAACUUGAAGCUUUGAAAAAGGAUCUUGGACAAUUGAAGACUUUAAUCACUCAAGAAGUUCAAAAUCGUUUGGCACAAAGAGAAGAACGAGCUGCUAAACAACAAGCUCAUAUUGAUGAAUUGAAAUCGCAAGUUGAGGUAAGAAUUGAAUUACAUAAAGUUUUUGAUUUCCGUGAUUUUUAUUUUCAAGAUAAUGGCGGAAAGUUCACAUUUUUGUUUUGGAAAAUGAAUGAUCUAAAUUAAAACUGUGCUUCACAGUCAAACAUAUAUAUAUAUAUUUUAAUUUAAAUAUUUUUUCACAAAAUGUUUUCAGGUCGGCAAACAACAAUUAGACGAAGCCGCCAAAACUAUCGGCACUACCUACGAACAAUACACCGAGAAAAAAGACGAGCUCACAACUCUCAUUCAAAAUCUCUUGAGCCAAGGUGUCAAGGAUCAACUUCACAACAAAUUCGAGGAUUCUAUCCAAUCCAAUCUUGAUAAACUUGCUUUGAAAGAAGUUUUGAAUGAGAAGAAAAAUGAGGCUGUUAAUCAACUUACACCAAAUGUUGUUGAAAUUGCACCAAAAGCAACAAUUCUUGAUGAGUGAGUCGUUUUUUUUGUAUAUAGAUUUUCUUCAUCAAUGUUUCAGAAUCACCGGGAAAGCCGCUUGGGAAACUGUCACAUGGGUUCUUCUUGCUCUUUGCAUUUUGUUGUCAGUUGCCCUUAUUAUCAUCAUCAUUUAUCAGGUAAAAACAUCUGAAAUCAUAAUUUCUAUGGGAAAAAAACUGAAAUUUAUCCUUGUAAAUUUGCCAGAUCAAGCAAAGAAAUGCUUACGAACGUCUCGAUGGUCAUAACCAAGCUUCAAACGGACCAUCUUCAUCGCAAUAUAAUGAAAAAGAACCACUUCUUCCACCAGCAGCCACACCAGUUACUGCUCCACCAUUGGCACCAGCUAAAGAAGAACAACAAUUUUAA